UUGACGGUUGUGCAUCCGAGAGGAGUGAAAUAUCGAAAUAUCGAAAUACUUAAAUACAUACACAAAACAUAAGUACAUACAUAAAUAGCUAAAGUGUGCUUUAAAGUAAAAAAGAAGAAUAAGUAAAUAAAUAAAUAAAACACAGCAAGUGUCGCUCGAGUGCAUGUCGACGCGAGAGUUCUUAAAGUGUCCCAAGUGAAGGUGGAAAAUGUGUACGAAUCCGAUUUGGGGAGUGUUCGUCCACCCAACACAAUUGCACCCAAGCAGUGUUUAAUUAACAAAGAAACAAAAAACGAACAAAGUGAUUCCAAAAAACAACCAGCAACAAAGAAGAAGACAAGCCGCGUUGUCUUAAUCGAAAACAGAAACAGUUGCCAUUCGCGAUAGACAAUGCUUGAAUUCUAUCCAAUGCCCACAAAUUUAUGUCGUGGCGCUGGUUUUUAUCCUCACCAUCAGAAUCAUGGCGGCACGCGUUCCUUUAACAAUGCCCCCAAUUCGGUUGGGUCAGCAAUUAACGCACCUGGAUUAAAUAGCAGCAAUUGCGGACAACAGCAACAUCAGCAUCAACAGCAACAACAACAGCAACAGCAUCAACAAAAACAAUUGACUGCCUCUCCGACGCAUGCAGCAUGCGCCCCAAUUAAUAGAAGCAACAGCAGCACACCCACAACCGCAGCUACUUCAGCGUCAGCGCCGCCAACAUCCGCAUCCGCAUCAGCGUCGGCAUCGACAUCAGCAUCACCGGUUGAAUCCGCAACGGCUUUUACAGUGGCCGCAAGCGUAAAACCAAAGGUGCUGGUAGGCCCCGAAGUCAAUUCCAGUGCAACACUUGCAACAUCCGUUCCCGCGUGCCCCUCCUCCUGCUCCGCGUCGGCCACCUCCGCACAUAUUCUAAUGAUUCCCACAUCCAUAUCUACGUCGUGCUCGUCAUCCCCGUCGUCGUCGUCAUCCUUAAUGACGGUGCCAGCGUCCGUUUUGGCCCCAACGCCGGCAUCUUUAACCCCGCCGACGGCAAUGGCGACGGCGGCUGAACUGCAUUCCGGUUGUAACGGUCGAACAGAUGUCGGACAGGUGAAGUGCGAAAAGAAUUACGAAAUCUGUGAGGGUUGCGGACAAAAGAUCUACGAUCGGUAUCUCAUGAAUGUCGGCGAAUCGAAUUGGCAUGAACACUGUUUGUCGUGUUGCUACUGUGGCAUACAGUUAUUCAAUACCUGUUACGUACGCAAUUCAAAGCUUUACUGCAAACUCGAUUACGAUCGAUUGUUCAGCAUCAAAUGCACUGGAUGUUGCCACCCGAUCCUGCCUCAUGAAAUGGUCAUGCGGCCGAUUCCAUCUUUCAUUUUCCACCUGCCUUGUUUCAUCUGCUACAUCUGUCGACUGCCGCUGCAGAAGGGCGAACAGUUUUUGUUGCGUGAUGGCCAGUUAUUUUGCUGUCGACAUGACCUCGAAAAGGAAAUAUUUCUGGCUACAGCCCAACACUGUGGCUAUGUGGGCCUAGACGAUGACGAUAUGAUGCGGCCUCGGGACGGACGUCGCGGUCCAAAACGUCCUCGCACAAUAUUGACGUCACAGCAGCGAAAACAGUUCAAGGCUUCUUUCGACCAAUCGCCGAAGCCCUGUCGCAAGGUGAGGGAAGCUCUGGCGAAGGACACGGGCCUUUCGGUGCGCGUGGUGCAGGUGUGGUUUCAAAAUCAGCGCGCCAAAAUGAAGAAGAUUCAGCGAAAAGCGAAAAACGGUGGUGGCGCAAGCGGUGGCAGUGGCGGUACAGUCAAUUCGCGCAGCGGCGAUGAAAAGGAUGCGAAUAAGGAUGAAAAGGAGAUUAAGCAGGAGUGUGGCAUUUCGGGUGUGGAAAGUGCUUACUUGAGUUUGGGUGACAGCGGUUUUGGCAGCCAACCACUUAAUCCUAAUCUACCAUUCUCCCCUGAUGAUUAUCCUCCAAAUUCAAAUGACAGUUUCUGCAGCUCAGAUCUGUCAUUGGAUGGCAGUAACUUCGAUCAAUUAGACGACGAUACCGAUUCGCUUUCGCUGAACAACCUGGAGCUGCAGUCCACGGGCUCAUCGGGCAAUCAACAUUCCAACCCACACGACAUCAUCGCCAAUCUCAGCACGAGUCUCGUCAACCCGAUCGACAAGCUGUACUUGAUGCAGAAUUCUUACUUUAAUGUGGACCAGUAGGUGUGGUAGAUUGGCCGGUAUGGAAUCCAGGAUACGAAUUUAUUAGUAUUAAGACACGUUUGGGGACGUUGGGAACGGUGCGGAGAAAGUAUGUGAGCGACAAAUUGACUUUGGGCUGCGUGCCAAGGAUGAAAGUGCGGACAGCGCCAGUUUCUCCCAAAAAAACAAAAAAAUAAAAAAUCAAGAGGCAAUUAAUUAUUUAUAUGUACUAUACAUACACAUACAUGAAAACA